AUGAAUCCGACGACCAUCGUCAACGCGGAAGAGUUUUACGCCCAUCUGGAUGUGAUGGAGAAUGGCACCAAGUUGACCGAGCUGCAGGCCCUGCUGAAUGACCUCCGGAACUUGAAGGCGUGCCGUCCCCUGGUCCACAAGACUUACACGACAGCCGAUUGGGUGGGGUCGCUCGUCACAAGUGUGACUGCUGCUGGGAGUGGCACUGCGGCAGAACAAGAUGCCGUCACCGGCGAAAAUCUAUUCACCUUGCCAGAGUUCUUCUCCCUGGCUGGUGAGAUGAUGACCCGCUUUCGAACCUGCCGGAACAAGGCGGAACAAUUCCUGGCUCUUAGCGAGCUAAUGAUGAAAUACAUCUACCACCCACACGUUUCGCCCAUGGUUGCCAGUGUUGCUUGGAGUGGGGAGGGCGAUAAAAUAUUCCACCCAGACAUAAUUAAACGUCUAGAGUACAAGUUUUUAGCAAGUUUUGAUGAACUAAUCCAAUUUUCGUUUCUUUCCCGAUUUUUGUUACAGAAAUGUCGCUCGCCGACCGCGCGCAGCUCCAUCUCGAACCGGAGCCACCUGGCGGACCUGGACGAGGGCGAGCUCUUUAUGGAGCUGAUCCGGGACGUGGCCAACGAGUUGGACAUCGACGUGCUGUGCCACAAGAUUCUAGUCAACGUCAGCCUGCUGACGCAUGCCGACCGCGGGUCGCUGUUCCUGGUCAAGGGACCGCCCACCGGGAAGUACCUGGUGGCGAAGCUGUUCGACGUCACGCAAAAUACCCCUCUCGACGAGGCCGUCCGGCGCGCCAAACAGGACGAGCUCAUCAUCCCGUUCGGGGUGGGCAUCGCCGGCACGGUGGCCCAGACGAACGAAACCAUCAACAUCAAGGAGGCUUACCAGGAUCCGCGGUUCAACAGCGAGGUGGACCAAAAGACCGGCUACAAGACGAACAUCAUCCUGUCGAUGCCGAUCUGUAAUUACGAGGGCCAGGUGAUUGGCGUGGCGCAGAUUAUCAACAAAACUAACGGUUCCCCGGAGUUUACGGAACGGGACACGGAGAUCUUCCGCCGGUAUCUGACCUUCUGCGGGAUCGGGAUCCAAAAUGCUCAACUGUUUGAAAUGUCCGUCCUGGAGUAUCGGCGGAACCAGAUUCUGCUGAACCUGGCGCGGAACAUCUUCGCCGAGCAGAACAACCUGGAGUGUCUGGUGACGAAGAUCAUGACCGAGGCCCGGGAGCUGCUCAAGUGCGAACGGUGCGCCGUGUUUCUGCUGGAUCUGGACUGUGGCGAAGCGAGUGCAUGUUUAGAUCUGGAAAAUAACCAGUACAGGGUCAAGCAGAACCACCUGGAACGGAUGCUGGACCGGCCGGAGAAGGGCCACCAGACGUUGUCCCGGCGCACGAGCCACAACGUCGACGUCGAGGAGGUCGUCAAGCAGCAGCAAAAGUCCAGCUCGGCCCGCUUCACGAUGAUCUUCGAGCUGGGCAGCAACAGUCCGUCCGCGGCCAACAUUUCCCGGCCCUCGGUGAACGACCUGAACAGCUCAACGCUGGCCCAGAUUGCCGAGUACGUGGCCAGCACCGGGGAAACGCUCAACAUCCACGAUGUCAACGAGUGGCUCAAGGACAAACCCAUUUAUCAUCCCCAGCAACAGCAGCAGCAGCAACAGCCACAUACGCAUCCGUCACAGCACCAAGCUGAAGGUCAGGGCUCUUCCGGCGGGACCGGCGCCACAGACGACCUUAGCGCCAAAAACCUCCUCUGUAUGCCGAUCGUCAACGGUCAGCAGGCUGUGAUUGGUGUCGCUCAAUUAAUUAAUAAGGAAAAUGAUUUACAAUUUACGAGCUGUGAUAUUUCAAUCUUCGAGGCGUUCGCCAUCUUCUGCGGGCUGGGAAUUCACAACACCCAGAUGUACGAGAGCGCCUGCAAGCUGAUGGCCAAGCAGAAGGUCGCCCUCGAGUGUCUGUCGUACCACGCGACGGCACCGCCGGACCAAACGCUCAAGCUAGUCAACGACGCCAUCGCGUCCGCCGAGGAGUACAAGCUGUACAGCUUUAAGUUUAUCGACUUUGACUUGGAUGACGACGAUACCUGCCGGGCGGCUGUGCGGAUGUUCCUGCAGUGUAAUCUCGUGCAGCAGUUUCACAUUCCGUACGAUGUCCUCUGCCGGUGGAUUCUGAGCGUGCGGAAGAACUACCGUCCGGUCAAGUACCACAACUGGCGCCACGCGCUCAACGUAGCUCAAACCAUGUUCGCGAUGAUGAAAACGGGUAAGAUGGAACGCUUCAUGACGGAUCUGGAGAUCCUGGGGCUGCUGGUGGCCUGCCUGUGCCACGAUCUGGACCACCGGGGCACAAACAACGCGUUCCAGAGCAAGACGGACAGCCCGUUGGCGAUUCUGUACACCACGAGUACGAUGGAGCAUCAUCACUUUGACCAGUGCGUGAUGAUUCUCAACUCGGAGGGGAACAACAUCUUCCAGGCCCUCUCCCCGGAGGACUUCCGAACCGUGAUGAAGGUCGUCGAGUCGGCCAUCCUGUCGACGGAUCUGGCCAUGUACUUCAAGAAGCGGUCCCAGUUUCUCGAACUGAUCGAGGGUGGCGAGUUCGACUGGCAGGGCGAGGAAAAGAAGGAAGUGCUGUGCGGCAUGAUGAUGACGGCCUGCGACGUGAGUGCGAUUGCGAAACCGUGGGAGGUCCAGCACCGGGUGGCCAAGCUGGUGGCGGACGAGUUCUUCGACCAGGGGGACCUGGAGAAGCUGCAGCUGAACACGCAGCCCGUGGCGAUGAUGGAUCGAGAGCGCAAGGACGAGCUGCCCAAGAUGCAGGUGGGCUUCAUUGACGUCAUCUGUCUGCCCCUGUACAAAGUCCUGUCGGAUGCGUUCCCCUGGAUUCGGCCGCUGUACGACGGCACCAUGGACAACCGGCAGCACUGGCAGGACCUGGCGGAAAAGGUCGAGAUGGGCCUGACCUGGAUCGACCACGACACGAUCGACAAACCGGUCGAGGAGUUUGCCUCCGGAAAGGAGGCCCUCGCGGACAUCGAGUUCACCGUGACCACGCUGAACUGCGCGGCCCCACACCCGGACGAUAAGACUGACACGACGCCGGUCCAUGAGCGAAAGCCGCGCUUCAGCAGCCUCCGCAAGACGGGCGCCCUCGGCAAGGCCGUCCGCAACAAGCUGUCCAAGUCGGUGUACAACAGCCAAACGGGGAUCGCUGGCCAGGCCACGGAACGACCCUCGUCCGGGGUGACCUGUUCUUCGAUCAGUUCAAAGUCCCAGGACGAGGGACAUCUCCAGUUUGACGGGGAGGCGAGUCCGGUGACGCCGACGGCAGCGGGCUCCACGACGACAACCGAAAGUGUACCUGCGGCGGUGCCGGUCAGUCCGGAACAGGUGACCGCGUCCAAACCUCCCCCGUCCGCCAUCAAACCGGUCAAGAAGCGCUCCAAGCUGUGCAUGCUUUUGUGACCGAAGUAUUUCGACGGGGACUCCGAAGGAUCCGGUUCGCCGGCGGCGGCCAACGGCAAGGAGAACCCGGUGUAAGCCAGGUUUCGGCGGGGUCCAGCGAGGAGGAGUCGGUGUGCUAGUCUCUGUUUUUGUGGCUGUUCUGGUAGAUGUACAACUCUGGUAAGUGUACGUGCGAAACGCGAUACAGUGUAACUCAAAAACCCCAAAAAGUAAGGUGUAUAUGUGCGGCCUCGCAGUGAGCCGAAACGUCAAUCAAAACAGUCCCUUAUUUUGGAGGAAUGUAUUUUGUAUGCAUGUUUAAGUAGACAAACGACAAAAGUCCCACAAAUACGAAGAGAAGACGGAAAUGCAAUACAAACAAACAAAAAAACCAUGUGAAUCAAAAACUGAACAAUGCAUUCAAAAACAAACCCAAGAACAAAAACCAAAAUAUUUGUUGUAAGAUAGAACAAAAAAAAUCUUUACGGUGCUUUCUCUACUUACGUAGCGGUAGUUUAGAUCUUUUAACAUUCUCGCUGAAAAUAAAAAUGGUUAUACUAACUGUUCUACUAGAAAUAUAAAAGUAACACUUAUAAAAACUUGUCAGUCACACUAACACACCAAAAAUCCCUAGUCCUGUAAGAGCCUCUCUUCACAAACGAACUCACAAACAAACACACAAACACUUGUGAAAGGCACGUCAAUUCACUAACAAAAUAUUGUCCGUUACGAACGUAACGUAACACGCUCGCGCUAAUUUGUGUUGAACGCAAACGAACGUGAAGACUCUAGUCAUUGCUGUUGCAGGCUUAGAAGUGUAUGGAAGGGUUCAUUUAUUGCAAGUCAAUAUUUUAAGUCUCGAAGUAAGAAACAACAUGUUUUAAAGCAAAGUUUUGUUGCAAAAAGUUUUUGAGAUUCAAAGCUGAAGCAAACAGAGAACUGAAUCAAUAGUCAGUACCGUUACCGUCCUAUAAUUUUACAUGAUCAAAAGUCAGCCAAAGAAUCAAACAUUUAGCAGUCAAACAGAAGGGUGGAUGUCCCAAUUUUGGGUCUGGUUUAAAAAUAAAAAAAUAUUAAAGGAGUCUAAAAAUGUUAUGCAAAAUAUUUUUUUACAUGAUAGCUUUCGUAACUCAUUCUUUUCGUCUUCCUUAGAUUUAUCAUAAUUUGUCCCAAACUUGACAAAAUUUGUUGAAACUAUAAUAAAUUCAAAACUUCAACUUUAUCAAAUGUUUGGCUAGACAAUAACGAAAGGCCACCAUCUUGAACAAAGGUUUUUUAAACGACACAAACAAAUUUAUUCGGUUGCUUGGGUAGGAAAUGAAACUAGGUUCAAAUUAGGGACAUUCACCUUACAUCAAAUGAAGCUCCAAAAACAUCCACCACCGGUUCAGAACAAAACAAAUUUGCAUUAAGUUGCGUCCACUGAGGUUAUCACUAGAGAAUAAAACGCAUCGAAAAGUUCGAAAUUAUUUAUCAGAAGGCAAGACAAAAGUAUAGUUAGGGUUGCUGAAAAAAGGCA